AUGGCCCGUAAGCGCAAGAGCGCAGCUACUGCUACUGACCAGUGCCCGCGGGAUCUCAACGAGAUCCCGUAUAUUGCUUGGAUGAACAAGCAGCUCGCAGCCGGACGCAAGCCCGCCGGCCCGUUGCCCGAAGGAACGCCUGAGGCGGGGGACACAUCUUACCAAGCCCUGCGUGAUGUCCCCACUCGCGGCCGCCGUGCGACUGACCGUGUUGCCUCCUCGCGCGUCUUGGACGAUGCGGCCUUCGGUAACGACGACGAUGACUCGGACUACAACGAGUGCGACGACGGCACCGAGGAUGACGCUGACUCUGGAGAGGAGGAGGACAAGGGCAUGUCCGACUCCGAGGAGGACGCCGACGCGGACGACGCCGACGCGGACUAUGCCGACGGCGACGAGGAUGACGCACCUGAGGAGGCGCAGCCCGCAGCACAAACGUCUCGUCGCGGCCGUGGUACUAUCGCAUCCGGAGCCAAGACCGCCGCUAAGGGCGGCGAACCACCUCGUGGCGCGGCCAAGACACGCAACCUGCACCCGGUGAAGCGCAGCGUUUGGUCACCCCGCGAGAGCACCAUUUUAGUGGCGGCGCGUUGGUUCAUGAAGGACGAACUCGAGCCACUCAUCGGCAAGCAAGGCUCUCAGUACUGGGCUCGCCUCGUCCGCCACAUCGAGAAAGAGAACACUGGGUGGGUGCGCGGCGUGAACGCGGUGCAGAAGCAGUGGCGAAAUCUCGUCACCAUGUACAAGCAACUGAAAAAGGGGGAGAAGACCUCGGGCAAGGGAGCGGUGUCACCCCCACCGCAGAGCACUCCGACGUCGAAGCGCCCGCGGGUUGCUGCGCCGGCAGCCAUGGCCGCCGCAAAGCUCGUCUGCGAGACCAUCAAAGGUUGUCACUCGGACGCGAUGAACAGGCUCGAAGGCCUCGUCCGCGCAUGGAUGGAGCAGGACGAGCGUAUUGCGCGCGAAAGCCAGGCGCAGCCCGCCCCCACCCCGCCGGCCCGCAACGACAUCCCCGCGACCUCGGACCCCCAGCCCGCAACGAACGCCGCCGAAGGCGGCGAUGACAGAUGGUUCCGUCGCGGGCAGGCUGGUGAUGGCGCCGCUAACCCGGAUGCUGCCGAGGAGGUGUGGGUUCGCGGCGACGACGAGUAA